AUGUCAAAACGAAUUCAUGAAGCCAAUAAUUGGGAGAAGGCUGUUACCACUGCCUAUGUAUUUGAGCAAGGAAUGGCAGGUUUUAAUUGGAGUCAUUUAUCUUCGGACGAAAUUUACCAAAAACGUAUGGAAAGUGGUAGAAAGAUGUUGGAAGAGGAAGACGAUCAAGAGAAGAAGAGUAACAGCAAACGUAAGGCAAAGUCACAAAAGUAA